GUUGAUAAGAUUCUUGGCCUUGACUUCGUCAUUUACGGUAUCCCGGACCAGCCAGGCCAGAUCCCCGACAAAUUUUAUACUGAAGCUGGCCUUCACUGGUUCCGAGCCGGCGGAGCCCAAAUGGGUGCGCCAAAUCGCGGUUGGUCUUGGGGUGAGAUGGAGCAACGCUGGCAGUCUACUUUGAGCAAUUACCGUACUGCUCGCAAGUACGGUGGCAAGUUCCAGUUGCUGCUCCAUGACCUCUGGGGCACCGACUUUACAGAUGAAAGUAAGACGUGGCCUGGUGAUAACGGCGACUGGUCUAAUUAUGACCAGUUCUUGACUGUUAUUGUGCAGCGGAUCAUUGACAACGACAUGAUUGCGGGCAUGCAUAUUGACAUUUGGAACGAGCCCGAGUGGGGAUUCUGGAAGAGACCUCAAGCGCAAUGGCUUGAUCUAUUCGGAAGAACAUUUCGACGAUUCCGUGAUGACCCGGUGUUGGGCCAGCUCCAGAUUAUUGGCCCCUCGCUCUCUUUGCCCCCAAAUGCCUCAAACACAUGGUGGACCAACUUCCUGGCUUACGUUGUAGCCAAUAACACAGCUCCUGACCACUAUUCCUGGCACCAUAUUGAGGCUCUUGACAACUCGGAUAAUGACUUGCAAAAUAGUCUAGUUACCUUUGAAAAACUGCGUGAAGCGGCUGGAGCCCCCAAGAAGCUGAUCAACAUCAAUGAGUACCUCAAUCUAGGUGAUGAACUCAACCCUGCGGCCACUGUCUGGCAUCUCUCCCGCUUUGAACGCUACAAUGUACCAGGCCUGCGUGCGAAUUGGCGCGGUGGUGCUAACGGCAGCCAUUUACGUGAUUUUCUGGCGAGCCUCCUCUGGCGAGAUGACAAGUCACUACCUUACCACCCCAACGGCGACUGGCAAGCACCCAAGUACUAUGCCACCAACAUGACUGGAUACCGCACGGGUACUACCGGCUCAAGCGACAGGCUGUUUGACGCGUAUACCACGGUUGGUCAAGACAAGGUUCGUGUUCUGACUGGGGUCCGAGUCAAGACUGGUACUUCGGCCCUCACCAUCAAGAACCUGAGCGCGGCAGGACUACCCUCAUCAGGACGAAUGGCAAUUCAGACCUGGGGAUUCGCUUACAAGAUUCCCGAGACAGAAUUAGCAGCCCCUACGGACCGCGGGGUGGCUACGCACCAAUAUUCCAAUGACGAGAUUACCAUUGCCAUCUACCAAACGGAGGAGGACUGGAAGACGGCUUGGGCUUUCGAACUCAACCCUGUU